GUAUGGAUACAGAGAAAUAUAAAAAUCAAAAGAAUAGGUAGAGCAUAUAUUAAAAGUUAUCUAUAACAUGAUUUGGGCUCAUGUAAUCAAAGAAGUUUCUUUGUUGUGUGUAUCUUUACAGAACACAACAGGAAUUGAAAAUGAACCAGUCCUCUACUGAGCCUGUGGCAGCCACUGAGACCCUGGCCCAGGUGCCUGAACACGUGCUGCGAGGACUUCCGGAGGAAGUGAGGCUUUUCCCAUCUGCUGUUGAUAAGAAUCGCAUUGGUGUCUGGGCCACUAAACCAAUUUUAAAAGGCAAAAAGUUUGGGCCAUUUGUUGGUGAUAAGAAAAAAAGAUCUCAGGUUAAGAAUAAUGUAUACAUGUGGGAGGUCUCUAAUCCUGUAACUGAAAAACAACUUGGAAUUGAAUAUGCCAAGAAGGUAUAUUACCCAAAUUUGGGAUGGAUGUGCAUCGAUGCCACUGAUCCAGAGAAGGGAAACUGGCUGCGGUAUGUGAACUGGGCUUGCUCAGGAGAAGAGCAAAAUUUAUUUCCUCUGGAAAUCAACAGGGCCAUUUACUACAAAACUUUAAAGGGAAGAAAAAAUCCCAGGAAAAUAAAAACAAAGGAAACAAAACCCAAGACAUACAGCUGAAGACAAGUGAGCCAGAUUCCACCUCUGCAAAUAUGAGAGAUUCUGCAGAAGGUCCUAAAGAAGAAGACGAGAAGCCUUCAGUUUCAGCACCUGAUCAGCCAGCCGUUCUUCAGGAGUCGGUUAGUCAGGAAGUGCUUCCAGAAGUAUUAGUCCCUCCCCCUGCCUGUGAGCCACAGCCAGAACCAGAGGAGAAAUUAGAUGCAGCACAUUGUGAGGUAAAUGAUUUGGAGGAAGAGGAAGAGGAGGAGGAGGAGGAAGAGGAAGAAGAAGAAGAUGAUGAUGAUGAAUUGGAAGAAGAGGGGGAGGAGGAAGCUGACAUGCCAAACGAAGGUUGUGGGAAAGAGCCAGAAAUACGGUGUGAUGAGAAGCCAGAGGAUCUAUUAGAAGAACCAAAAAGUAUUCCAAAAGAAACUCUUGACGACUCACCAGAGGUAACACCUGUUAUCAAAAUCCCCAAAACUAAAGAAGAGGCCAAUGGUGAUGUAUUUGAAACAUUUAUGUUUCCAUGUCAGCAUUGUGAAAGGAAGUUUACAACCAAACAGGGACUUGAGCGACACAUGCAUAUUCAUAUGUCUACGGUCAAUCAUGCUUUCAAAUGCAAGUACUGUGGGAAAGCAUUCGGCACACAGAUUAACAGGCGGCGGCAUGAGCGCCGCCAUGAAGCAGGGUUAAAGCGAAAACCCAACCCAACACUACAGCCAUCAGAGGACCUAGCUGAUGGCAAAGCAUCCGGAGAAAAUGUUGCUCCUACAGAUGAAUUGAAUCCUCCCAAUCUUGGGCAAGACUGUCUGAUCUUGAAUUCAGAGAAAGCUUCCCAAGAAACAGUAAAUUCUUCAGUUGUAGAAGAGAAUGGGGAAGUUAAGGAACUUCAUCCAUGCAAAUAUUGUAAAAAGGUUUUUGGAACUCAUACUAAUAUGAGGCGGCACCAGCGCAGAGUUCAUGAGCGCCAUCUGAUUCCCAAAGGGGUACGACGAAAAGGAGGCCUCCUCGAAGAGCCGCAGCCUCCAGCAGAGCCGGCCCAACCCACCCAGAAUGUCUACGUACCAAGCACAGAGCCAGAGGAGGAAGGGGAAGCAGAUGAUGUGUACAUUAUGGAUAUUUCUAGCAAUAUCUCUGAAAACUUAAACUACUAUAUUGAUGGUAAAAUUCAGACUAACAACAGCACCAGUAAUUGUGAUGUGAUUGAGAUGGAGUCUAAUUCGGCAGACUUGUUUGGUAUAAAUUGUCUGCUUACUCCAGUUACAGUGGAAAUUACUCAAAAUGUAAAGACCACUCAGGUCUCUAUAACAGACGAUCUUCCUAAAGAGCCUGCCAGCAGCACAAACAGUGAUUCCAAGAAACGGAGAACUGCUAGUCCCCCUGUGCUACCUAAAAUUAAAGCUGAAGCAGACUCUGACCCUGUGGCACCCUCCUGUUCCUUAAGUCUGCCUCUUAGCAUAUCCACAACAGAGACAGUAUCUUUCCAUAAAGAAAAAAAUGUUUAUUUGUCCUCAAAACUCAAACAACUUCUUCAAACCCAGGAAAAACUAACUCCUCCCACAGGAAUUUCAGCAGCUGAAAUACCUAAAUUGGGCCCUGUUUGUGUGUCUGCUCCAGCAUCGAUGUUACCUGUGACCUCCAGCAGGUUUAAGAGGCGAACCAGCUCGCCUCCCAGUUCUCCCCAGCACAGUCCUGCCCCACGAGACUUUGCAAAACCAGGUGAUGGGAAAGCAGUAUGGACUGAUGCAGUUCUAACUUCCAAGAAACCCAAAUUAGAAAGUCAUAGUGACUCACCUGCAUGGGGUUUGUCUGGAAGAGAUGAGAAAGAAACUGUGAGCCCUCCGGGCUUUGACGAAUAUAAAAUAUCAAAAGAGUGGACAGCCGGUUCUUCUUUUAGCAAUGUGUGCAACCAACAGCCACUGGAUUUAUCCAGCGGGGUCAAACAGAAGGCUGAGGCUACAGGGAAGACCCCGGUCCAGUGGGAAUCUGUAUUAGAUCUCAGUGUGCAUAAAAAGCCGUGUAGUGACUCUGAAGGCAGGGAAAUCAAAGAAAACCAUGUACAGCCAGCCUGUAGUGCUGUAAAGAAAAAGAAACCCACGACCUGCAUGCUUCAGAAGGUUCUUCUCAAUGAAUAUAAUGGCAUCGAUUUACCUGUAGAAAAUACUGCUGAUGUGACCAGGAGCCCAAGUCCUUGCAAAUCCCUAGAUGUCCAGCCAGAUCCUGACCUUGGCCUUGAGUCUAGUUUUUCUGCCCCUGCUGUUGAGUCCCCGCCCGACGCCUGCCCUUCCUCGCCUGCCCUACAGACACCUUCCCUUUCAUCUGGUCAGCUGCCUCCUCUCUUGAUUCCAACAGACCCCUCUUCCCCUCCGCCCUGUCCUCCUGUAUUAACCGUUGCCACUCCGCCCCCUCCCCUCCUUCCCACUGUACCCCUUCCAGCCCCCUCUUCCAGCACUUCUCCUCAUCCCUGUCCCUCUCCACUCUCGAACACCACUGCGCAGUCUCCACUCCCAAUUCUUUCCCCCACAGUGUCCCCGUCUCCCUCUCCCAUUCCCCCAGUGGAGCCUCUGAUGUCUGCCGCUUCACCUGGGCCCCCGACACUUUCUUCUUCCUCUUCCUCCUCUUCCUCCUCUUCAUUCUCUUCUUCAUCAUCCUCGUCCUCCCCUUCUCCACCCCCUCUCUCAGCAGUAUCCUCUGUGGUCUCCUCUGGUGAUAAUCUGGAGGCUUCUCUCCCCAUGAUGUCUUUCAAACAGGAGGAGUUAGAGAGUGAAGGUCUGAAGCCCAGAGAAGAGCCCCAGUCUGCAAUUGAACAGGAUACUGUUCAGGAAACAUUUAACAAAAACUUUGUUUGCAAUGUCUGUGAAUCACCUUUUCUUUCCAUUAAAGAUCUAACCAAACAUUUAUCUAUUCAUGCUGAAGAAUGGCCCUUCAAAUGUGAAUUUUGUGUGCAGCUUUUUAAGGAUAAAACUGAUUUGUCAGAACAUCGUUUUUUGCUUCACGGAGUUGGGAAUAUCUUUGUGUGUUCGGUUUGUAAAAAAGAGUUUGCUUUUUUGUGCAAUUUGCAGCAGCAUCAGCGAGAUCUCCACCCAGAUCAGGUAUGCACACACCAUGAAUUUGAAAGUGGGACUCUGAGGCCCCAGAACUUUACAGAUCCCAGCAAGGCCCAUGUGGAGCAUAUGCAGAGUUUGCCAGAAGAGCCUUCAGGAACUUCUAAAGAGGAGGAGGAAGAGUUAAAUGAUUCCUCCGAAGAGCUUUACACAACCAUAAAGAUAAUGGCUUCCGGAAUAAAAUCGAAAGAUCCGGAUGUUCGAUUGGGUCUCAAUCAGCAUUACCCAAGCUUUAAACCACCUCCAUUUCAGUACCAUCACCGAAACCCUAUGGGUAUUGGUGUGACGGCCACCAAUUUCACUACACACAAUAUUCCACAGACUUUUACGACUGCCAUCCGCUGCACAAAGUGUGGAAAAGGUGUUGACAACAUGCCUGAGUUACACAAACAUAUCCUGGCGUGCGCUUCUGCGAGUGACAAGAAGAGGUAUACCCCUAAGAAAAAUCCAGUGCCGUUGAAACAGACCGUACAACCCAAGAAUGGUGUGGUGGUUUUAGAUAACUCUGGGAAAAAUGCCUUCAGACGAAUGGGACAGCCCAAGAGACUGAACUUUAGUGUUGAGCUCAGCAAAAUGUCAUCGAAUAAGCUCAAAUUAAAUGCACUGAAGAAAAAAAAUCAGCUUGUACAGAAAGCAAUCCUUCAGAAAAAUAAAUCUGCCAAGCAGAAGGCUGACCUAAACAAUGCUUCUGAGUCAUCCUCGCACAUCUGCCCUUACUGUAAUAGAGAGUUCACUUACAUUGGAAGCCUGAAUAAACACGCCGCUUUCAGCUGUCCCAAAAAACCCCUUUCCCCUUCCAAAAAAAAAGUUUCUCAUUCAUCCAAGAAAGGCUCGCACUCAUCACCUGCAGGUAGCGACAGAAACAAUAGCAGCAAUCACCGUAGACGGACAGCGGAUGCAGAGAUUAAAAUGCAAAGCACGCAGACUCCUUUGGGGAAGACCAGAGCUCGCAGCUCAGGCCCUGCUCAAGUCCCCCUGCCCUCCUCAUCCUUCAGGUCCAAGCAGAAUGUCAAGUUUGCAGGUUCGGUGAAGUCCAAGAAACCAAGCUCCUCCUCUUUAAGGAACUCCAGCCCCAUAAGAAUGGCCAAAAUAACUCAUGUCGAAGGGAAAAAACCCAAAGCUGUGGCCAAGAACCAUUCUGCUCAGCUCUCGAGCAAAGCAUCCCGGAGCCUGCACGUGAGGGUGCAGAAAAGCAAAGCUGUUCUUCAGAGCAAACCUGCUUUGGCGAGUAAGAAAAGAACAGACCGGUUCAAUAUAAAAUCUCGAGAACGGAGUGGGGGGCCAAUCACCCGAAGCCUUCAGCUGGCAGCUGCUGCUGACUCAAGUGAAAACAGGAGGGAGGACAGCAGUGCCAAGCAGGAGCUGAAGGACUUCAGCUACAGCCUCCGCCUGGCAUCCCGAUGCCCUCCGCCGGCAACCCCAUACAUCACCAGGCAGUGCAGGAAGGUCAAGGCCCCAGCUGCAGCCCAGUUCCAGGGACCCUUCUUCAAAGAGUAGAUGCUUCGCCUGCUCCCUGACAGCACCCGAAGUGACCUGGAACCAAUGAAGCCAAAGGGACUGGCAGUCUGCUCUGCAGGGAGUACGGACCUAUCCCAGUUGUGUGAGCUAGUGAGAGGAGAGUGUGUGUGUGUGCAUGUGUGUGUGUGAAUGGGUGGGUGGGUGUCGUGUGCAUGCACGCACACAUGUGUGGUCUUCAAGCAAGGGUCCUGAACCCCAAGGAGGCAGGAAGGCAACUGACUCCAUACUGUCCUCUGGGAUGAUACUUGGAUGCAGCCCCAGGGACCUCUUUCUGCAGCUCAACCUUCCUGUUGGGGUGGGGCCCCACCUACUAUGCAAUUUUUCAAGAGCUCCUUGACCCUGCUUUUUGCUUCUCGAGUUGUGUUUUGCCAUUGUGGGGACUUUGGUCUGGCCCAAGGGUCAGCUUCAGUCCUGUCUGAGGGAGGCCUUCAGGGGGCCAAAUUCUCCUUCAAUACCAUCCCCACCUCCAACUCCCCUCUUCCCCACCAUCUCUGGGAAUCAGUAGUGUAUAGACACAUUGGAGCCAAGCCUGAAGCUUUGGCCCAAGUUCUUGGAAAACCCCCCUUCUUGCCUAAGCAACCCAAGCUGCUGACUCUUGAGUCAAUUCCAGAUCUGAAAUUCUAGCCGGCUCAUUGCUCUUGAGUCUUUGCAGAGAACCCCUAACGCAGGUGCACCUGGGGGAAAGACCUUGUCCCCGUGUAUGAUCUGGUUCCUCCCUUGUGGGAGCAGGGGUGAGGACAGUGUAUGGGGACGGGAAUCUCCUGUGCCCUUCCUCGCCUCACUUGAUGGGACCAUCAACUUCCUUAGUGUCUGAGCUUCUCAACUUAGUUGCAAAGGGAAACAAACAAAUUGAGAAGUGAAAAAGAAAAAUGGGAGAGUUAAAAAGCACAGGGGGGAGAAAAAGAGAUUUUCAGAGGCCACAAGUCACCAGCCAGGGAAGGAAGGGGCCGACUCCUGCUCUCUGGUGGACAGUGCAUGUCUCGGAGAAACGGGUGAGCUAAGCUCGGCAUUUGGACCAAGUUCAGUGAGGUUCUUGGGUUUUGUGCCUUUGGGGCAGACCCCAGACCAGGAUGUCUGAGACCACUUUGGUGCUGUUUUCUUGGCUCCACUUUCCGCAGUGGUGCCUCCAACCCGAAGUGGGAGGAGGGAACUUGGAAGAGCACGAGUUGUCACACAAUAAAGGGAUUUUUUUUUUUUCAGGGCUACUAUGGUUGAUCUUGCAACUCUGUAAAUAUGUAUGUAGACACUUUUAAAAGCACGUAUUUAUGUCCCUGACUGUAAAUGCCCCAUUUUUAAAGUUUUAUAACUUGUGUUAUUUAAUGAAUCAGUCGACUGGCUGCAGUUGGGGUUUGGUAACGGUCCAGGAGAAGGGUCUCACGAGAUCCUCACAUGGGCAGAAAAUGCUGGUCAUUGGCGGACGUCACAGUUUUCCUAUGUCCCACCCAGCUCAAAAGCGUUGUUCGGUUAUGUUCAUAAACUGGAAUCCUUUUGCCCGCUCCUGCAGUUAACCCUCAAUGAGCAUGAAAAAUUGUGGCUGUCUCUUAUCCUAAUGAUACACGUUUGUCCCAUACAUGUUAACACUCACGGACUAUGAUCCAGCCUCUCAGUUCUUGAGGGUUUUCCCCCUUUCAGCAGCAAGGAAAGCUCACGAACCCAAAGCCUCGAAAGUCACCUUCAGCCAAUGGCGAAUUUGGAAAACGUUGGGGCCUCGGGGGAUACUAAUUUUUUUGCAUGUGCAAAUGUGCCGGUCACCCUUCAACACUCUCAGACCAUCAGGAAAACUGUUUCGAUAAUGACACAGGGGGGAUGGUUUUGUAAAGAGUGAUGUUUCCUGGUCAGUGGUGGUCUUCAAGCGUGGGUCUGGAUUGCAGAGAAGACAGUUCUGUAUCUGCCAUGUGAAGAAAAUGAACAAUAAAAGCGUGAAGAGCGAUUGUAAGGAA